AUGUUAUUACCUAGCAUAUACCUGAGGAGACUCCCUCAUAUUGCGGUCGUACAAACAUUGUUGAAGUCAACGCCGACCCAGUUGACAAUUACCUCGCCCUACUCCACUGGCUCAUCGAAUGAAACUCAAAAUGAACCAUCACCGGUAGGGGUUUUUAAAUAUGCUCAGGUACCCAACAAAUCAUACAUUCAAAUAAGAGGACCCGAUACACCAAAAUUUUUGAAUGGAUUAGUUACAUCUAAAUUACUGCCUCAUUUCAUCAAGAAGAAUUUAACUACCAUUGAAACUGAUAAAGGUAAAACAACUAGAGAAGACUCCAAUAUGGAAGUACCCGAAUUUGAUAUGACCAAGGGAAAUUGGGGGCUAUACCAGGAGAACAGUUCUCAUGGCCCUUACAUUUCCAGAUUUGCACAAUACACUGCAUUGUUGAAUGGAAAAGGGAAACUUAUAACUGAUUGCAUUUUAUACCCAUAUCCUAUACUAAGUAAUGAUGAAAACUCUAUGAAGUAUCCAAGUUAUUUAUUAGAACUAAAUGCAUCCAUUAAUGGACGUAUUAUGGACGCCCUAGAGAAUCAUAAGUUGACGAGUAAGAUCAAGUUUGAAAACUUAUCACCCAAGAGUGUCAAGACUUGGGAUGUUUCCAUUCAGUUCCAAAAUAUCCCUCAGAACGCUGAAAAUCCAUGGAUUGACAAUAUAAUAACUCCAACGACAAUGAUGAAGACACCAAAUGAUGCAAUUGCAUUUACACAUAGUGUCAUAUCUACAUUAUUCAAGGGAAAUGAAGAGUCAAUUAAAGCUAUGUAUGUAGAAAGGAGAACUGAUGACAUAUUACAAUUAGAUGGAUCUGCACCACAGUUAUUUAGAAUUAUUACAUCACAUACAGUAGAAGAUAUCUCCAAGCUUUUCAAUACUGAGGCCUUCCCAUUCCAAUUUUCCAUUGAAAAGGUCGGAAUAAGUUCUUUCAGACACUUUCGAAUGCAAAAUGGGUUCAUUGAAUCCACUGACGAUGUCAGCCCAGAGACUAUGUUACCGUUAGAAUUAAAUUUCGACUACUUACCCAAUACUGUAAGUGCUAAUAAAGGUUGUUAUGUAGGCCAAGAAUUAACUGCAAGAACUUUUUCUACAGGGAUUCUUAGAAAGAGAUUAAUUCCUGUUAAAUUGACAAAUGUCGAGGCUCUCAAGAAAUUACCAGUUACUGAGAAUGGAACAGGGUACAUUGAAGUGCAAAUGAAGGGAGGAAGUGAGAGCGCUGGGUCAGAAGAUAAGACAAUGGCUCCAAACCCAUUUGGGACGACUCCAAAUACGAAGAAACCCAGAAGAAGGAGGCCAGCAGGGUCUUUAAUUGCGCAUGAAGGUGAGGAUGGUGUAGUAAUGAUGAGAACAGAACAUUUCGCAUCGAUAUUUAAUCCAGAUGGGAAAGAUGUGGGUCAGUUCUACAUUCCUAUCGAAAGAGAUGGCGUGGAAGAGGAACUAGUGGGUGUUAUUCCACAAAGACCAUAUUGGUUGACUCAAUGGAAAAAGGACAAUCUAUAA